ACGGACGCAGGUUAGUGGCCCUUCCCCUGUGCCCUCGGAAGGUCCUCUACGUGUUCUUCUCUCACUCACUCACUCGUCACCUCGAACAACUCUCAGCGUUACAGUGUCAAUACAGUACCUGAAACUCCCCUUUUUGUACUGUACCCAUGGUGUGAGCGUGCGUGUUACAGGGGACAUUACCGAGUUUUACAGCCUAAGAAGGUCGUUCCUCGGACUAGUUUGUGUUACAGUGUUGUCUAUAACUGAGGACCAGCGCUUAGAAAAUCUCGUGUUCUGUAUUAUGACUGUAACUUCUUUUUACAGGAAAUACAGCGAGUGAUAAGGGAAUAUAUUUUGCAUGAUACAUUUUGGUCAUCACCGAAAGUCAUAAAGAUGGUCCUUCGCGAUGAAAACUUGCCCAAACUUUGCUUCGACAAUCCGCUGUACAACACAGAAAACGCCACGCAGCCUGUGCCAGAGUCUAAGAGAGAGCUGCAAGUGUCCAAGAGUGUGAACCCCGUCAGCAGUAGACCACAUUCACCAGCGGAAAAGCGUCGUUAUGUCAGUCACAGUCAUGGAAGCUUUGACGUCAUGCUCUCUGAGUCGUCUUCAGCCCGCCAAAGUCCUCAUAUCUUCCUGCCGGCGGCCUCACUCACCCCAGACUGUGACUUCGAGGAACACAUCAUUGAAAACUUCAGAAAUCGUAACUUCUGGUCCAGACGGUCACACAAAAACUCUCUCAGGAAGCUAAAUUCGGUCUCCGUUGUGUCGACACCAACGCGAGCCAACAGUCUACUCUUGCCCCUUCAGAUCCCGGAGGAGGCACAGGCCACCAUAUCACCGGACCCCGACCUGCAGGAGAAUGACGAGGAUGAAAUCAUUGCCUCAGAGAUGAUGCUCGAGGCUCAGAGAGAGAUGAAACUCCGAGAAAACGUCACCUGGCUGAGGAACAACCUGACGAAGUGUUCUGAGGCUGACGGAGGCAUGUUCUCCCUCUCCACCUUCCUCACCACCAUGCGGAACAAGGAACUGCUAAAACGUCUGUUCUCACUCUGGGACUUCGGCGGCGACGGUGUCCUUCAGGAGGAGUGGAUCGACCACCUCAAGUCCUCCACCAGGGAGGUCGGGGCGAGGGAGUGGGCUGAGCUGUUGGAGGUGCUCGCCUACGUGGUGUGUGGCGAGGACGGCGAAGUCACCGAGGACCUAUUCACUACCAUCCUCACCUCCAGGGGGGUGUUAGAGAAGCUCUUCCGUCUCAUCAACAAGGACUGUGAUGGACUCGUGAGCCGUCAGGAGAUAAUGGACUUUAUCGCCAACCUAACCUACGCCCGUCCACGGACAGGGUUCACGCGGGAGAACUUGGAGUGGCUGGAGCAGCUCUUCCGCCAGGCGCUGGGACACAAGCAGGAACUCUCUUUCGAUGACUUCAAGAAGAUCGUACACUCCCGGAACUCGUUCUUUGCGGAGCGGGUGUUCCAGAUCUUCGACCGGGACAACAGCGGGUCAGUGUCACUCUCAGAGUUCCUGGAUGCCAUGCACCAGUUUGCUGGGAAGUCCCCCAAUGACAAGAUCAAGUUCCUCUUCAAGGUCUACGAUCUGGAUGGUGACGGGCUGAUCCAGCAGAGUGAGCUGCAGAAGGUGAUGAAGGCGUGUAUGGAAGAGAAUGGCAUGAAGUUCAGCGAUGAGCAGAUUGAGGAUCUUACCCUCGCCAUGUUCGAGGAUGCUGACACCCAGAACACCGGCGCCAUUACAUACGAGUCACUCAAGGCUCAGUUGGAGAAACACGAUGGCCUACUCGAGAACCUCUCCAUCAGUAUUGACCGCUGGCUGGUGCCUCCCAACCUGCGGAACGAUAAGGACACCUUCUUGCAGAAAGUGUCGAAGCUGCGACCUUACCAGAUGUCACUCCCAUACCUGAAGAACAACUACGUGUACCUCAUCUUCCUCCUCAUCUAUAUAGCUAUCAACGUGGGACUUUUCAUAUCCCGAGUCGUCGACUACUGGAACAGUAAUGGCCUCACCAUUGUAGCCCGAGGCUGUGGUCAGUGUCUCAACUUCAACUGCAUGUUCGUGUUGGUGUUGAUGUUACGGCAGUGUAUUACUUUCCUCCGAUCUAUGGGCGCCUCUUGCUUCCUGCCCCUCGACCAGCACCUCUACCUCCAUAAGCUGUGUGGCUUGCUCAUCUUCCUUUUCUCCCUCCUCCACACCCUCAUGCACCUAAUCAAUUUCGCCGUCUAUAUCGAGCCUGACAGGGGAGACGAUGGCAUCAACGAGGAUGGGUGGACCCUGACGGAGUGGUUAUUGACUAUGAGGCCUGGUGCUUUUGGUCUGAUCCCAGGCAUUGCCAACCCAACAGGUGUGGCCCUCAUAAUUAUCCUCGCUGUCAUGGUCAUCUGUUCUCUCCCCUUUGUCAGGAAAUCCGGGUAUUUUGAGGUGUUUUACUGGACUCACCUACUGUACAUCGCCUUCUGGGCCUUGACUAUCUUGCAUGGUCCCAAUUUCUGGAAGUGGUUCGUGGCGCCAGGAAUCAUCUUUUUCAUAGAGCGCAUCCACCGCACCAUCAGAAUGCGCACAGGGCGAGGCAAAACCUACAUCAGUUCUGGUGUGCUUCUGCCGUCCAAAGUGAUCCACCUGGUGAUUAAGCGGCCCUUGCACUUCCAAUUCCACCCAGGCGACUACGUCUUCAUCAACAUCCCAGAGAUCGCCAAGUAUGAGUGGCACCCCUUCACCGUCUCCUCUGCCCCCGAACAGGAGGAUGUGGUGUGGCUGCACAUCAGGGCGGUGGGACAGUGGACCAACAGGUUGUAUGGAUACUUUGAGCUGGAACAGCAGAAGUGCUCCCAGCAGAGGUGUGAGUUGGUCGGCCACACCUCCGAGUACUCCUCAGCCUUCAUCAGUGCCAGCGAAACUAACCUUAACAUGGUCGUCAAUGACGGACGUGCGGCAACAUCCACCACUUCGCCCGCCAGGUCCCACACGCCUAUGUUGGCCCUCACCCACAAUGACACUGCCACAGAUAACACUGCCACUGGUUCAAAGUCACUGAGGAAGAAAGGUAUUGCCAAUCUGGCUUACGAGCCCGACUCUAAUGGGAACGGUGUGGUGCAAGAGGUCCCCGGGGCAGCAGGACAGGCUACUGACCCCCGGGCUAGACCCACAGUCUCCAAGAAUCGGUCUUCACCCAACCUCAUCACUGAUCCGACCAUGCCCAAGAAGAAUCUCGUCAAAACCCGUUCAGUGCCAGACCUCAACAAGAGGAUAAAGAAGAGAGAGAAGAACUUGAUUUUGCGGGACAACUUCCGGGCAGCCUCAGAGCGAAGGUUUGACGAAAACACCAUGAAGCAGGUCCAGUUGGCGGCUUUGACUGGCAACAGCAGCUACCAGCAGCGCUCGAAACCACCAGUGGCUAUGAGCUUCAGAUACAUGAGAAGGAAACCAACAAUAAUCACACUAGACUUGCCAUCCGAGGCCGGGGACUAUUACACAGAAGAGGAGGAGGAGGAAGACGAGGAGUUAUCACAGAAGGGAGAAGAGUGUAAAAGCGGGGAGGUGAGGGUGACCAUCCAGGAGGGUGGGAUCAGACCCUCAACAGAUACACAAGAUUCAUCUGUCCUGACAGCAGAGGAGGGUCGCGUGCGGCACAGAUCCAGUCAGGAGGAGAGGCAGUGGAGGAAGUCACGGCAAGAGGAGAGGCGAGUGAGGAAGAAGAGUAGAAUGGAGGAGGCGAUCGCCGAGGGAGGGUGUGUAGUUGGCAAGCCACUUAUGAUUUACAUAGAUGGGCCAUUUGGUGCACCAUCAAGCCACAUCUUCCGGGCCCAACACGCUGUGCUCAUUGCAACAGGGAUUGGAGUGACACCCUUUGCUUCCAUCCUGCAAUCAAUUAUGCACAAGUACUGGAAGGCGCGCCUUACCUGCCCCAAGUGUGCCCAUUCUUGGACCUCCGACCUCCCCCAGGCAGUCAUGAACCUUCGCAAGGUGGACUUCUUCUGGAUCAACCGAGACCAGCGAUCAUUUGAGUGGUUUGUGAACCUAUUGUCACAGCUAGAGAUUGAACAGGCGGAACAGGGCGGGGUGCUGGAGCGGUUCCUUGAUAUGCACAUGUACAUCACUUCUGCUCUUCAGAAGACUGACAUGAAGGCUGUUGGACUCCAACUGGCUCUAGACCUCCUGCACGAAAAGGAGAAGAGGGAUCUCAUUACCGGCCUCAAGACUCGCACCAACGCCGGGAGACCUAACUGGGAUAAGGUGUUCAAACAGCUGCAACACCAGCAAAAAGGGAAAAUAACCGUGUUCUACUGUGGUCCACCUGCACUUGGACGGACGCUUCGCUACAAAUGUGAUACAUAUGGCUUUGAUUUCCGCAAAGAGAUUUUCUAAACCCAUAAAUCACAGCAUUGCAUGAUGCAGUGCUUUGUGAUCCAGAUUUUUUAGUAAAAGGCAGACCGGUGUUCAGUAUGUCUGCAUAUUACCAUCCUUUCUUAAUAAUAUCAACUUUAGUUGAGGAAUUGUUUUGGUUCCUCUGCACUGUGCUAUGUUUAUGCUUUAGGUUGCCAUUACCCAGUUUUCAGGGUACACAGCCUAGUCUAGAGGACAUUGGUACCUCAAGCAGAAAUCUAGGUGAUGAGGCUUUUGCUAGUGCCCUAGCAUGGGGGAAUACACCAGAAACCUUGGUUGCUGAGUUUUAUCUGAGACACUCAUCCAUUCACCAGAUAUCUUCCAAGUUAAAGCCUGAACUGCUUUUGUAAUUAUGCAUAAACAGACCUUUCCAGGACUAGAGAUAUUUGUACAUUUUUACUGCACUGAUUCAUUGUUUAAUGUAAAUGUGUAUGAGGUAACUUAGAAAACUGUGAUGUGCUAGAAAAGAGGUAUUAAUAAAGAAUCUAUCAUGACUAGAAGGCUGCUUCAUGAGAAAAAAGUAGUGAGACUCCGUUAUUUACUUUUAGUGCAUUAAUGAUAAAUUUGUCUGAUGUUUUUAUGGAUAAUAAUCACUGGUACAGACAUUUUAGGUGCUGUCUUGAAGCAAAAGUGGCUGGAAAGCAGUUCUCAUUGUUCCCAUGUGACAGUUUUCAAGUUAUGAAAAGUUUCUUUCAAAUGUAUAUAUAGAUAUAAUAUAAUGUUCUUCGUAUGGCAUUUCAUCUCUAAAAAAAAAUUAUCACCAUUCCAUACAAUUCUCAUAUUUAUUGAAUGAUAACAUCAAAAUUAUUUGUGUGUAAACUUUUACAAUGAGAGUGUACUUAAUGAGUGUAUGUAAUGUUUUUGAGUAAAUAUAAAGCUGUGACAAUGGUAAAUGCUACUCUCACAUUGGGAUAGUAAGUUUAGUCCCUUACUGGGAAUAAGAUAAGGAUUUGUAUUGUGUUACUGGUUAUGUCACAACAGUAAUGAUAAAUAAUCCUUGUAGACAGACAGCAUACUUUAAGAGUAAAUGCACUUCUGUGAGGGACAUGACCUUUCUGCAAAAAUGCAGAUUUCUCAAAUUUGGAGUCGUCUUCUACAGUAAUGUACUAUUUUACUAAAAUUUUAUUAUUUCAUCUGAAGUCUCCAGAAAGCUAUCAAAUGAGUUUUAAGACAGUUUCAGAAGGGUUUGCCCCUCCACCCCCAUUCCCCAUAUCCCAAAGGAACCUUGUGUACCCCCAGCCACAUUUUCUGUCCCUACCCUAUGUGUAAUUCAUCAUCACAUCUUUGUUAUAUGUAUUUCUGUCUUUUAUAUUGUUUCUUACCAUAUAGAAUUUUUCACAUAUGCAUACUGUAUGUAACUGACCACCCCAACACUUUUACUUUUAUCCUCUUCGCCACUGAUUGGCUCUGCUUCUUGGGCGGUCGGUCACAACUCUGAUACGCACUGUUGGCAGAUACUGGGCAUGCACUG